UUGUUUACUAUUACCUUUUCCAGAGAGAUAUCGGAAGCAGUGGGCGGGGAUUUGGAUUCGGUCGUUGAUGUGCUUGCAGUUGCGUUCUUCGAUAAGAAGCCUCGACUGGUCCAACGUGUACAAAAGAAAACUGCUAGCGAGCUUGAAGACGUGGUACCCCAAGCUCCACCUGAUCCAUCCGAGUGUGUGAAACGACCACCAGUUGUGACUAUUAUGGGUCAUGUGGAUCAUGGUAAAACAACUUUGUUAGAUGCUCUGCGAAACAGUCAGAUCGUCGCCUCGGAGUUUGGUGGAAUUACUCAACACAUCGGAGCGUUCUCAGGAUUUCCUUCGAUACGAAGUAUGGAGAUGUUCACUUCGUUUCUAGAUAGUGUUGCUCAGAACAAACUUGUAAAUCUUCCUCGUAAAAAAUUUGGUAAUUACCUUGAUCUCUUACUAGACCCACUAUUUAUCGUUGUAGUUGAUCUCGGCGGUCGGCGUGUAACGUUUCUCGAUACUCCUGGCCAUGCAGCGUUUGCAGCAAUGAGAGCUCGAGGAGCGAAAGGUGCAGAUAUCAUUGUCUUGGUAGUUGCCGCUGAUGAUGGUGUACCGAUCGUUGUUGCCCUCAAUAAGUGUGAUAAACCGACUGCAGAUCCGGAAGCAUUACUACUGCAAGCUGAUAUAAUGGGAUUGAAAGCCACCCCUAAAGGUAUUGGUAAGGUUUGCACAGUGGUAGUGACACGAGGCACGUUGCGUAAGAACGCGAUACUUGUGGGAGGUCGAGCAUGGUGUCGGGUGCGUACGAUGACAAAUGAGAACGAGCAGCAUUUGCUGGAAGCGGGACCAAGUACUCCUGUUAGAAUUUCUGGAUGGAAGGAAGAUAUUCCUACGCCGGGCGAUGAAAUCCUCGAAGUCCAUUCUGUGGAUCAUGCUCAGCGAGCCGUUAAAUUUCGCGCUAAGAAAGAAAUGUUAGAAAAGGCAGAAAAGGACUGGGGGUUUCGAUAUGGAUCAACGUUAAGACGAGUCGUCCACAAAGAAAAGAGGUUCGAAAAAGCUGUGGAUGAUGGAUUUCCAAAGUUGCGCAUACUGCUUCGUUGUGACGUAGAAGGAACAUUGGAGGCAAUUUUAAAUAUCACGGAAACUUAUACCAGUAAGAAGUGCAAGUUUCAAAUCGUCGAUUUCGGUAUAGGUCCGCCAAGUAAUACCGAUGUAGAAAUAGCAAAAGAGACAAGAGCAAUAAUAUAUCUUUUCAAUGUGCAACCUAUUUCUGCCGUCCGAAACCAAGCCGAUCAAGAAGGCGUUCGGAUAGAGCAUUUCAAUGUCAUUUAUCAUCUUGUCGAUGCCCUUAGGAAUGAGCUAUCCCAAAGGUUGCCAAUGUUGACAGAGAUGGAACUUGUUGGAGAAGGACAUGUGCUCAAGGUGGGGCAAUCUAAUGCUUAA